AUGGACCUCAGUAAACAGGAAAAAGAUUAUAAUAGAAAAAAUGAACGGGAUUGCUAUCGACGAACAACUUUUAGUUUUAAUCGUGAAGAAAUUGGGGAGGACAGGAAAAAUGUGAAUGAUCUUGCGGCACUUGAUAGCAGUAAUGUUGCUGUAUACAGUGCUGCUAAGCUUGAACAAGGCCUACUGCAACAGGUUGAAAAGACAUUUGCUGAAAAUGUUGCUGCCUUGGAAACUGGAGUGUCACAGAAUGCAAAUGCAGAAGGAUUACAGAAUUUUAUAGUUAAAAAUUCACAAUCUACACUUGUAGAAAAUGGUGAUAUGACUCCUUUUGAAGUGCUUGAUAAAUCACAAAGAGAUACUUCAGAAACUCUGGUGGAAGAACUGAAAGUGGGUAAGAAGCGAAAGGCAGACAUCACAGUGCAGUUGGAAGGUGACGAACCAGUGAGUUCUACAUCCGAUAGUGAAUUUGCUCAAAGUGAAGAUGAUGGAAAUACGUCGUCUGAAAUAGAACCCGUAAUAAAAAACAAACGUUCACGAAAAGUAGUAAAGACGAAAAAAAUUGGCAGGAAAGAACGAGAUGAUGCUGACGAUGAUUACUUUAGGAAAAGAAUACGGACCCAUCUUGCUCGACUGGAACUUUCAAAAAUUGAAAAUGGGGGAAAUCAAUCAAAGGAUAGUGAUUUUCACGAAUUGAAAAAUGGCAUAAAAAUACCUAAGGAUUGUUGGGAAAAGCUCUACAAGUAUCAAAAAACUGGUGUAAGGUGGUUGAAUGAAUUGCAUAAUCAAUGUGUUGGUGGCAUUUUAGCUGAUGAGAUGGGUCUUGGAAAAACAGUUCAAGUGAUUUCAUUCCUAAGGGGACUAGCAUUUUCAUGUUUGGAGGAUAGAGGAUUCAGCUUUUCUGGCCUUGGUCCAGUGCUAAUUAUAUGUCCAACAACACUAAUAAGGCAGUGGUUGAAAGAAUUCCGCACAUGGUUCCCACUUUGUCGUGUUGCAAUUUUACACAUUAGUGGUUCUUUCCACGGUCAAAGUGCGCAGUUAAUUCGGAAAAUGGUUGUAUCACAAAGCGAUGGUAGUGUUUUGUUAACGUCAUAUGGAACAUUUGCUAAAAAUCGAAAGCACUUGAUUGACAAAGUCUGGCAUUAUAUAAUACUUGACGAGGGGCAUAAAAUUAGAAACCCGGAUGCGCAGAUUACUCUUGCCGUGAAAGAAAUACGUACUCCUCACAGAUUGAUUCUAAGCGGUUCACCGUUGCAAAAUUCUCUUCGAGAGUUAUGGUCAUUGAUCGAUUUCGUUUAUCCCGGUCGCCUCGGUGCUUUGAAAUCAUUCAUGGAUAAAUUUUCAAUUCCAAUCACUCAGGGAGGAUACGCAAACGCUACUGCGGUUCAAGUGCGUACCGCUUAUAAAUGUGCCUGCAUUUUGAGGGAUGCGAUCAACCCUUAUCUCUUAAGACGCUUGAAAAAGGAUGUUGAAAUGUCUAUUCAUUUACCCACGAAAACAGAACAGGUGCUUUUUUGCAAUAUUACACCAUGUCAACGUAAACUUUAUGAAGAAUAUUUAUCAUCUCGUGAGUGUGACCGUAUUUUAUCUGGUAAAAUGGAUGCAUUCGUUGGUUUAAUUACAUUACGCAAAUUGUGUAAUCAUCCAGAUCUUGUAACUGGUGGACCAAAUAAAUUUAAUGACUAUGAUGUCACUGCUGAUGAGGAAAUGGGCUUUGGAGCUCCCUGUAGAAGUGGCAAAAUGCAGGUACUCAAGGCACUCCUCAAAUUGUGGAAACGACAAGGUCAAAAAGUUCUGUUAUUUUCGCAAAGUCGACAAAUGUUAACGAUCCUGGAAAAAUUUGUGAUUCAAGAAAGAUAUGAAUAUCUGCGAAUGGAUGGUACAACAGUUGUUAGAAGCCGUCAAUUACUUGUUGAAGAAUUUAAUAAGAAUAAUAAGAUUUUCAUUUUUCUAUUAACUACUCGUGUCGGUGGACUAGGAAUCAAUCUUACUGGUGCUAAUCGAGUGGUAAUUUUUGAUCCUGACUGGAAUCCUUCUACCGAUAUUCAGGCACGAGAGCGAGCAUGGCGUAUUGGACAGGAACGUGCUGUUACUAUAUACAGAUUGUUAACCGGUGGCACCAUUGAAGAGAAAAUUUAUCAUAGACAAAUUUUUAAAGUUUUCUUGUCAAAUCGUAUAUUGGUUGAUCCGAGACAACGAAGAUUCUUCAAAACCAACGAGUUACAUGAAUUAUUCUGUUUAGGUGAUAGCAAACUACUCAAAAAGGAAGGCACUGAAACAGCAGCAAUUUUAAAGGGCACUACAAGAAAUUUUACUCGACAUAAUUUCUUCGAUAAAAAUGAGAAGGAUCGUGAGAAGAAACAAAACGAAGUGGAGCAACGAAAAAAACUUGACACAAAGGUAACAUUCGAUGAUGAUGAUGAUGUUGGUGAUGAUACGAAAGCUUUUAUCGAGGAAAAUUUAUCAGCUGAAAAAGUUAGCGAAUUACGAGAACUUGCUCGGAAAAUUAGCAGGUCAAUUAGAAAAUGCGCUGAAGCAAGAAAAAGUGGUGCAAGAGAAAAAAAGAGCGAAAAGCAGAGAAAUAAGACGGAUGAUGAAAGUUCAGAUAUUAAAAUUCCUUAUUUGCGAAAAAAACGACGUUAUAAACAAGCAACAAACGAAUUUUCUGGACAGGACGAUUAUGUACUUGGAAAAUUGCUAACAAAUGCGGGGAUUAUCUCAGCUCUUCAACAUGAUCAAAUUUUUGCAAAAGGUAUUGUAGAUGAGCAGCUAAUUGAAGAUGAAGCAAAUGUUGUCGCUGCAAAAGCUGCUGCAUCACUAAGACGCUCGAGAAGGAUGUUUUCAAAACAACCUUUCGAAAAACCACGAUUCGGUUUGCGGAAAGCUGCUGGAUUUCAAUCAGCUAUUGAAAACAAUUACGAUGAUACAGAGAAACCGACUUUUAGUGGUGCAGCACUAUUAAAUGAAAAUAAUGGAAUUAACAGUGGUGGAAGUUUGCUGGAUGCUAUUCGUCAGAGGAAACAACGCAUGUUGGAUAUCCAAAAAACAACCGAUGAGGAACAUUUGGAAGAACACUAUCCUUCAUUUUUCAAUCCAGCUGAGGCAUCAGAUGUGAAAAAAGAGGAUAAAUAUGACAAAUUGGCAGAAGAUAUUCGUUUAUUUAUGGUUCGUAGGAAAGGACAAGCGUUGACAGAUGAAAUUUUGCAGAGUUUUAAGAAUCAUAUAUCAGUUGAAGACUCGUUUGCAUUUCGAUCCAUUUUAAAGCGUUUGUGUAUAUUGCAGAAAAACUCAAACUUAUGGGUGCUUAGGGAUGAAUAUCAAUAA